GUGAGGUCAUGAUUCCUGCUCUUAAGACCAUUAUCGACAAAUCUAGUGAGAUGGGGAUUGAAAACGUCAUUCUGGGGAUGCCACACAGGGGCAGGCUAAAUGUGCUGGCCAACGUGAUCCGCAAGGACCUGGAGCAGAUCUUCUGUCAGUUUGAUCCCAAGCUGGAAGCAGCAGAUGAGGGCUCUGGUGAUGUCAAAUACCAUCUGGGCAUGUACCAUGAGAGGAUCAACCGUGUCACCAACAGGAACAUCACACUGUCACUGGUA